AUAAACUACAUCCCAAAAAGUCAUAGCGAGUUGCUGUCACGCGGCUCAGGUAGCCAGGAAUGGGACUUCUUAGAAACCGUCACUUUCGCGGUGUCGUGGUGCAGAAGCACUUCCAACGCUCAGCAUGGCAGACCAAUGCGUUGCUGUGGCGUCCUUUUUGGCGCUGUUAAUAUCGAGUGCUCGAGAGACACCCCCUCCAACGUCGAACAUCGUCCCAACGGAGGUGGACUUCAUCGUCGUGGGUGCCGGGUCUGGCGGCAGUGUGGUGGCCAGUCGCCUGUCUGAAGUUCCUCAAUGGAAUGUUCUACUCCUUGAAGCGGGACCGGAGCAAGAUGAAACGACAUACGUGCCCACUUUGUAUGGCUACACGUUCUCAAAAGACGAGUAUGACUGGCAACUCAAAGUCCAAGACACUCCCAACGAUCACACCGGAGAAAUUUCAAGGGCCAGGAUGCUCGGCGGCUGCAGUUCCCACAACGGCGUCAAGUUCAUGCGCGGCGAGGCAGGCGACUACGACUGCUGGGAGCGGGCCGGCGCCAAGGGCUGGAGCUACAAAGACGUCCUGCCGUUCUUCAAGAAGUCGGAGGACAACCUGGAACCCGACUUGGCCAGUGACACUGAGUACCACGGCACCGGUGGCCCUCUCAGCAUUCAACGGUUUCUGCACACGGAUAAAGGCACGGAACUGCUCCUCAACACAUACAAAGCCGCGGGGCUCAAUGAAGUGGACCUGAACGGGCCCCACGCCACGGGCCUGGACAGAGUGCAGACCAACUCCCGGGCAGGGCGACGCAACAGCACCAAUACGGCCUUCUUGUCCAAGGCCAGGGUGACUCGGCGCAACCUGCACAUCCUGACCCGCGCGCUGGUCAAGAGGGUCGUCAUCGACCCACGCACCAAGCGCGUCCGCGCAGUCGAGUUCACCGACCAGAACGGUGCCCUAAAGGUCGUCAGGGCGAAACGCGAGGUCAUCGUCAGUGCAGGUACGUUUCAGUCACCGCAGCUACUCAUGCUGUCUGGAGUGGGACCUGCCAGGCAGCUCCGGGAGGCCAAUAUACCCGUCAUCGUCGACUCUCCUGCCGUGGGCCAGAACCUGCAGGACCAUUUGGUCUCAGUUGGAGGACCGACUAUCACCCUGACGCAAGAUACGUCGGUCCCAACGGCUGAGCAGAUGACAGCAGACGCUGAGAAUUACGCUCAGCAUGGCCAAGGACCACUCACCGGUCACGCAGUUGCCGCCGUCAUGGUUCGGGAGCGCAGUCCCCUGCAACCUACAAGCGACAACCGGCCAGCCAUGCUCACGCAGCACCACGGCACCUGGGUCGACAACGAGCAGUUGCUGCCGUACUGCAGUGAAGCGGCCCCAGUCCAGAACACCACGGGGUCGUACUACAACCAGAUCACGCUCGACAUCAUGCUUCUGCAUCCGCGGGGAACUGGCCAGGUGCGACUCAACACCACCCAUCCGCAAGAGGCACCGCUCAUCUACCAGAACGUGUUCCAGCACCCCGAGGACGUUCGUGUCUACGCUGCUGGCUUGAAGCAAAUCGUGGACCGCUUGAAUUCGUCUCGGACUCUUCAAGAUGAAGGCGCGACUGUGGCAGUGCCCUGGACAACGUGCGGCGGCCAGCAGCAGGGAAGCCAGCCAUGGUACGAGUGCGUGGUUCGCUCGUCUGGCGGUGUGACGUGGGGCCACUCCGUGGGGACCUGCAGCAUCGGCAGUGUGGUGGACAGCCGUCUGCGCGUCAAGGGCGUGCAGGGCCUGCGCGUGGCCGACGCGUCCGUCAUGCCGUGCGUCCCGGGCGGCAACACCAACGGGCCCGCCAUCAUGAUCGGCGAGCGGGCCGCGCACUUCAUCAAGGAGGAACACCAACACCGUGGCCACCAGUGCCGCCACCGCUGAAGCACUUCCAACAACGCGUCCUUCGCGUUCCGGGGAAUUUGUUGCCGAAGGAACCUUAUGACAAAAACAACUGAUUUCCGUUUUUCAUGUCCGAUCACCUUCUCUUCAUAAAACUUGUAAACUAACUGAAAUCUUAAAAUUUCCAACCCUUAAUCACCUUCUCCUAUUGAAAGUUUUGAUAAGCAUGUUCCAAAUUGUUAUAAAUGGAUGGCAAAAUGACAUAAUAUUUGUUUGAAGUGGCA